GCACAGGCUAUGCCUUAACACAGAUCUGUUUUUAAGACACAGACAGACACACAUACUUUUUAUAGCACAGAAUAGUUAUUAUAUUUUUUCGAAAAAUGAAUUUGUUAAGGGCAUCAUCGUCGGGAAAAGUGGACCAUGUGCUGCCAAGCAAAUGGCAUGAGAAGCAUCCAAGCAUGGCAAGAGAUGGCGGCGCUGAUUUAUCUACCGCGCGCUCUACGCAAAUACACUGUGUCAUACGUGUGCUGCAGGACUCGGUAGAUUGUGUGAAGAGUGCGCUACUAUUGCCAAAACUGCUCAGGAAACCGAGCAGUGUGGCCAAGGUCUUGCACGGCACCGAAUACCAGCCAGCCAUACGGCUGGUGGAGGACUACAUACGCCGGCGUGACAUUAUUGUGAAGGAGCAACGACAUCCGUUAAUGGAUCAUGGCAUGAUCAAGCUGAUUGACUACUUUCAGUGCCAUCCGGAUAUAUGCACACUGUUUCCCGACUAUCACAUGACACCAGAGGAUCGCAGGCUGCUGAUCGCCUUUGAGCAGCUCUUCGGCAUCUCCAAGCACCACUUGCAACGCAGCGCAAAGAAGGAGAUCAGCAACGAGCAUGCGCUGCACAAGAUAUACCAAGAAAAUGAGCACAUCAAAGAUACCAUAAAGCACCUAAAGGCCUAUUUUGAAAGCCAAAAAUUGAAGCUGCGCUGGAAAAUGGCAGCGAAAGGCGCCUAUCUGCAAAAAUGCGAACUGAAGCUGGAAGAGAGGAAAAUGAAGAAUGUGUUGCGCAUGCAAAACGAAAGUGAAGCUUGCCAGCGCCAAAUCCAUGAGAAUCAGAAGAACAGCUUGGAAAAACAAAAACUACUGGAGAUAGAGCUGGAAAAACUGCGUGUGGAAUACGAGAAUCAAACCAAAAGUAAUAUGCUGGUGGAGAAAUCGGCACGUGCAGAAAGAAACAAACUGCAAAUCCAGUUAGAGGCCGCAAUAAAAAAAUACGAUCGCGUAAUCGGCGAAAAAAUGAUUGAGCAUUUGGAUUUGGAGAAUGAAUUGGUGGAGAAAAAAAAGUUGUUGGAUGCAUUUAUCCUGACCUACAAAGAAGAGGAAAAAGUUUACAAUAAUAUUGUCAUAAAACGCGAACAAGAAGAUGAACGCAAAAGACAGCAGGCAAUCAUGUUGUACAGGAUGAAUCGAGCCGCACGCAAAAUUCAAAACUAUUGGCGCGCAUGGCGCAAAUCGAUGCUUAAAAGAAGGCGUUAUCAAUCCGCUCGAUAUACGUGAAAAUGUCGCGCCCUGGAAAUACAAACAGCUGUGUAUUGACACCGGCAAUAUAUCUAUGAAAAUUCAACAGACAAAAUAGAGAGAGAAAGAGAGAAGUCAAGUCAAUACGUUUGCGGUGCUUGCGGCCUGUGAAAGUUUCUAUUAAAUUAAAUGAUGCCCAUCAGUUGCCAAAUGUUAAGUUCGAGACGUUCUCAAUUUAAAUGCAGCUGUGCUCCUUUGAAUCUUCUAUUCGGCAUUCCGUAUUCCGCAUUCCGUGUAUCUCGUUUUCUAUUUGUCGCCAUAAAUUAAGGCUGAAUAAGCGACGCUCUUAAUCUGCUAAGUCGAGCAAAGGCCGAGCGUGGACACGGCCUGCACAGGGCUUGGACAGGACCUGGACAUGGCCAUUGUAAUCAGCACAUUUUGCCUUCCACAUAAGUCCAGACAACUCCGAUAAGUCCUGCCACGUAAACACGCUGCAGUAGGAAACGGUCUGGCAACGCUUCGACUCGGUGCGCCGUGAAGCUAGAACCACAUCAAGCGCAACCUGAAAGAUGAAAAUCCCUCGCUUCAAAUGGAUUUGCCCGAGCUCGCAAAGUGCCGUGGCGCCAAAGAAGAUGGCGCAACUGGGCGUGGAUGCUAAAACAUGUCUUAGCCAGACCCCCCGCUCAACCGCUCCACCGCUCCACCGCUUUGCCAUCAGAAGGAUGCGUAAAUUUGCCAAGCUGGAGAAAUAUGCGAAAAUGUGUUGGCAUUAACAGUACAUCGCUUAGGGGUGAAUCGGAUAAAGAACUCACUUCUACGGGGAUUGCACUAGAUAUCAACAGUAAAGAGAACUUUUACAGCUCUGAUUAUCCUUUCUGCUGAAUUUCCUCUAUGCCAUCACAACAUAUUUUAAAUGAAAUAUGCUAUAGUACUACUUGGCUGUUGUGCUGUUAAGUCAAGCACUUCUCUAAAGAAAAGUA